AUGCCGCCAGAGCUCGAGCAGACGCUCGCUCUACUAUCAUCACAUCGUUCUGUCCUCGGAUACCUCCUUUUAUCACGUGGGGACCAUGUCAGUAUCAUACGCCAUUCAGGCGUCAUCUUUGAAGGAGAACAAGGCAAGAAGUACGCGAGCGUUAUAGGCAAGAUGGUUGAGAGCGUGCAGGCAGGCUUGGAGGAAGUAAGCGGGUCAGAAAACGACGGGGACCAGAUUCGCUUCAUGAGAAUACGGACCAAACGCCAUGAAAUCAUGAUUUCACCAGAUGAAAGAUAUCUUCUCGCGGUGUUGCAUGACCCCGCUUCAUGA